GGCAACCUGCGAAUAAUGUGUGGUCAAAGAAGAGGCGUUGUAGUUCAGAGUGGUCGAUACCCGGCUGUCAUGAUGGUCAAGUUAUUUUCAGUUCAGUUGUAACCGAGCUCUCUACGAGAGAAUGAUCUAUUGUUGCAAACUAUCACGUGUCUGCGCAUGACACCCUCGGAAAAGUUGCAGUUGGCGGAAUCCAGCGAAGUGUUAUCAUGUCCACCAAAGCCUGUACAUGAAGACUACAUCUGGAACGACGGAGUUAAUGAUUGUUUCGUCAUCUGCGGGUCUAUUCUUCUGCACUAGGAAGUUAAGGGGAGGUGCCAUGACUUUGCUACCCGAAUGUAACAAUUAGGCGAACCUUGAUGAAAUCAGAUUGGUUGCAAUUAAUAUGCGGCGGCAGAACGCAGUCGGGUGCGUGUAUCCUAGUUCUGCGGCCACAUCCAGUUAAAUAAUUUCACUGAAGAGGAUGAUUUAAAUUGAUAUUCAGUAGUAGAUUUUGUGCUACUUUGAAGGCAACCAGUGAUAUAAUUCGUUUCAAAUGCAAUGGAAGCUUAUUUGCUCAAAUUUAAAGGGCAGAAUCUGGGAUUUGCGAGGGAACGCUGAAUUGAUUGGAGACCAUCGGAAUUGCCCGCCCUGUGUCAUUCAUUACCUGUUGUGCAGGCACGGAAUUUUCACGCGCUGUUCUAGCAAUCCAACAGCUGAACAGCGUUGUCUCGGCGGCACAUGCAAACUGUCCGCUCCACCACUUCCCAUCUGCGCUCCGGGCACUUGAAACGAGGAACGCGUCCCGAGCAUAUUCUAUGUGAAGCUGCGAAAACGGGUAAUUCCUUCGGUCUCUCCCGUCUGCAGUGAGGCAAGGACGAAAAGUCACGGUUUGGCCGAGCUGCAGCCAUGGACCAAGACGAGAACAAGAGCGUCUCGAAAAAGACCAUAAUUGCAAAGAUUUUCAAAGUUCGCAAGAGGAGAGAGAUGCUUUUCGUGCAAGUGUGUUUUCUCUGCAGUGUCCUCUUCAUGGCGUGGAGCAUGUCAGCGCUUCUGACAAAGACAGGCCAUGGAAUGAUCCUGGAGAAUGGACACGAGAAGCACGAACAUUGGGGAAGGAGGCUCAUGGGACAUGAACCCGACAACGACAAUGAGACAGAGUGGAAGAACUGCACAGAGCCAGCGAUCAAGGAGUUCCCUGAAGACCUUUUCACCAACAACGAGCGCAAGAGUGGGGCCGUCCUGCUGCACAUAGUGGCGGCCCUCUAUAUGUUCCUGGCCCUGGCUAUAAUCUGUGACGACUACUUUGUGACAUCGCUGGAGAAGAUCUGUGAGAAACUAGACCUAAGUGAGGAUGUUGCCGGAGCCACUUUUAUGGCAGCUGGGAGUUCUGCUCCAGAGCUGUUUGCCUCUGUCAUUGGUGUCUUCAUCACCCACGGUGACGUGGGGGUGGGGACAAUCGUUGGCUCAGCCGUCUUCAAUAUCCUGUGCAUCAUCGGUGUGUGCGGAAUCUUCGCCGGACAGGUCGUAAUGUUGGGUUGGUGGUCUGUUUUCCGAGAUUCAUUCUACUACAUUUUGUCUAUCCUAGCUCUUAUUGCAUUCAUUUACGAUGAGAAGGUGGUGUGGUGGGAAAGCCUGGUGUUGGUGCUCAUGUACUGUGGAUACAUCCUCAUCAUGAAGUUUAACCAGAGRUUGCAGAAGUUGUUCACGGGGAAAGGGGGUAAAGACAAGAACCAGGCCAACGGUAACGCGGCGGCCAGCAGCGAGAUGGAGGACGUUAAGCCCAGUAAGGCUUACAGUCGUGGCUCUGUGGUCAUGGUCGAUGAGAUUAUGCACGCCAGCCCUCCCAAGUUACGCUUCCCAGAGGCCGGCCUCCGCGUCAUGGUCACCAGCCAUUUUGGACCAAAGACCCGGCUGCGCAUGGCCAGUCGCCUCAUCAUCACUGAGCGUCAGAAGCUGGUCCAGGGUGCCAACGGGGUGGAGACCCAGGUUCUGGAGGGGAAGGUGGACAUUGAGAAUGGCAACGUGCCUGAAGACAAACCAGCAGAGGAGGAGCAGGAGAAUGAAACCAUCUCCCCCUUUCAUAUCCCUGAUGGCAUCGGCAGCAAGUGCAAGUGGCUMAUCUCGUGGCCCCUGCUGCUCCUCCUGUUCUUCACCAUCCCCAACUGUGCGAAGCCUCGCUGGGAGAAGUUCUUCAUGGUCUCCUUCUUCCUUUCUACCGUCUGGAUCGCUGUCUUCUCCUACUUCAUGGUCUGGAUGGUCACCAUCAUCGGCUACACCCUUGGCAUCCCAGAUGUCAUUAUGGGCAUCACCUUCCUGGCAGCGGGCACCAGCGUUCCAGACUGCAUCGCCAGUCUCAUUGUUGCUCGGCAAGGAUUGGGUGACAUGGCAGUGUCCAACACCAUCGGCAGUAAUGUGUUUGAUAUCCUGGUUGGGCUGGGCGUUCCCUGGGCACUGCAGACCAUGGCGGUCAGCUACGGCUCUGAGGUCAUGAUCAACAGUCGAGGACUGGUCUACUCUGUGGUGUUGCUUCUGGGAUCUGUGGCUUUGACGGUGGGGGGGAUCCACGUGAACCACUGGAAGUUGGAUCUGAAGCUGGGUAUCUACACGCUGGUCCUCUACGCUGUCUUCCUGUGUUUCUCCAUCAUGAUCGAGUACAACGUCUUCACCUUCGUCAACCUGCCCAUGUGCAUGGAGGAGUAGCUGGACCACACCCACCUCUGAACUAGGAAUCUCCACUCCCUCAACCCCUAAUGGCAACCAAUCAAAAUCAACGUUCCCCAUCCUCCACCACGUUACUAAACCUGGUUACCUGGUUAUCUCCUGUCUGACUGGUCACCUGUCAUUGUCAUAARUGACCUGUUGACCUCUUGAUCUGAUCCUGGUCUUUAAAUCUUUUCUUUCCCUAUGCUUGGACUCACUUUCCCAUGAGGCUUUGUUCUGAGGAGUGGACAGACGCAUUAAACGAACUGGACUCAUUUUCAGACUAGUCCAUUUUCCAUUCCCCCAUCCACACUAUCUGUUGUCUUACUGGGCUUUCCUUAGCAUUCCCCCACAGGCUCUAGAAUCAACCCUACAGUAGUCUGCCUCUCCCAAACAACCCACACAUACCUCCGUCCAGGUUAGGGUUAGUCCUAACCCUCAACAUUGACCCUCACCCCUUCUCCUACUCUUCCCCCAUCCAAACUUCUCCUCUUUUCAUCCCCACCACACCGAUCCACCCAAAGACCCUAUGGAGAAUACACAACCUCACCCUAAACCUCUCCCCCGAAUCCUGCUUGUACCCUCAACCUUUGGAGGAGGAACUCUCCUCCUUCUCUUUCAGACCUGGACCCCUCUGACAUAGUCCGAACUUUGACUUUUUCCAGAUUGCUACGUCCCACCCCUCUGCAGCAGACACUCAUCUUUCACUCCUCUCUACUCUUUAACUUUUCUCUUCUCUCGAUCACCUCUUAAGACAUUUUGUCAGGAAGGCUUUGUGUCUGAGAAUACCAGAAGAGUAUCAUGUAUAUUUGUCAGGAAGCUUUGUGUCUGAGAAUACCAGAAGAGUUUCAUGUAUAUUUGUCAGGAAGCUUUGUCUAGAAUACCAGAAGAGUUCAUGUAUAUUUGUCAGGAAGCUU